AUGGCCAACCCAAAGGUCUUCUUUGACAUGACCAUCGGUGGUACCGCAGCGGGCCGUAUCACCAUGGAGCUGCGCGCAGAUGUGGCCCCCAAGACUGCGGAGAACUUCCGAAGCCUCUGCACCGGCGAGAAGGGCAUGGGCAAGUCCGGCAAGCCCUUGCACUUCAAGGGCAGCGCCUUCCAUCGUGUGAUCCCCGACUUCAUGUGCCAGGGUGGAGACUUCACCGCGGGGAACGGUACCGGUGGCGAGUCUAUCUACGGCGCGAAGUUUGCCGAUGAGAACUUCACCCUGAAGCACACAGGCCCUGGCAUUUUGUCCAUGGCUAACGCAGGGCCCAACACCAACGGAUCCCAAUUCUUCCUGUGUACCGUGAAGACUCAGUGGUUGGAUGGAAAGCACGUGGUCUUUGGAGCAGUCACAGAUGGCAUGGACGUAGUGAAGAAGAUUGAGGCUGUGGGAUCUCAGUCCGGCAAGACCUCCAAGCCUGUGGUCAUUGCAGACUGUGGCCAACUGGCUUAG